AUGGAAUACAUCCAGCCACAGCACCUUUACUCUCGCCUCCUGGACAACGUACCUUGGAAGUCCGCGGAUCCAGCGGUGAAAGGUGAUCCGCGCAAAAGCGUAAAGUGGAUUGAUGGUCUCCGAGGAAUUGCAUCGUUCCUUGUCGUCCUCACUCACCUUGCUCGAGCAUGGGACUAUGAUCUCUUCGCGCCUCGUGAUGAUGUGGAUGUAGCUCCUCGAAUUUUACAGUGGCCCGUUUUCCGUAUACCCUGGCAGGGCCGUUUGGGCGUCACAAUAUUUGCAUUCUUGACUGGCUACGUUUGCGCCCUUAAGCCGCUCAAGCAAUCCCGCAAUGGAGAUAUUUUGGGAUCUUUCACAUCAGUGGCCAAAAGUGCCUUCCGUCGCCCACCUCGUCUUAUCUUUCCCGCGACUAUUGCCUUGAUUAUCUCAUGGAUCAUGGCACAAUUCGGCGCGUUUGUUGUGGCUAAUCGUUCGGACUGCUGGUGGUGCCGGUACGCCGCUGUCGAUCUCGCACCCACAUUCUGGGAUGAGUUUGUUCGCCUAUUCAAGACCUUCCUUGAAGUCUGGACCACGGGAUACAUGGCGUAUGAUGACCACCAGUGGGCUCUGCUUCCUUUGCUCCAGGCUUCGAUGUUGAUCUAUGUCCUCAUAUGUGCGACUAUGUUCGUCAAAUUCCGCUUCCGAUUGGUUGUCUACCUGGGCAUGUAUCUUUACUUCCACCAGAAUCCUGCCAAGAAUACAGAAACCUUCCAGAUGCAAGCAGUGUAUGGCAUGUUCCUCAGCGAUCUUGCAUACGAGAAGGGCUUCAAAGAGUUCGUUGAGCGCCACAGCUGGGGUCGCAAAGUUGUAGCACUGAUGCUGCUUUCCGUCGGUCUCUUCAUCUGCUCAUACCCCGGAGAACACCCCGAGUGGGCGACCUGGUCAAACUACAUGUACCAAGCCGCACAAUACAUCUUUCCACCAGAGGUCAAUAUCGGAAAGCGCUACUCUGCUCUCGGAGUCGACCUUAUCAUUUUCGCCAUCUAUAUCUCCCCAUCUACCAAAGAGUUCCUAUCCAGCAGCCUUCUGUUGUGGCUUGGAAAGCAGAGUUUCGCCGUUUACCUCGUGCAUGGCACUCUUCUCCGCACAGUCCUUUGCUGGAUGCUUUACGGUAUUACCGGCCAGCCCUGGGAUGGUGACAUCGUGGACGACAACGGAAACCCCAUCUAUGGUGAUGACGGCGAGCCACUCCACCCUCACUGGAUUCCUCUCCGUGCUCCCUGGGUCGUCGCGAUCAGCAUCCCGGCAUGGAUUGCACUUGUGUACUUCAUUGCCUCCAUGUGGACCAAAUAUGUUGACCCAUUCUGCGCGCGCAUGGCGCAGAAGUUGGAGAAAUUUGUGUUCGAAGAAGAUGAGCAGGCUGCACCCCAGCUGCCAAUGACAAGUAUCCCGAUGACGACUGCUUAA